AUGCUAGCAACAACAGUAGUCCAAGUUUCUGCCCCCCUAGACAUAAUUCCUUUGGACCGUCCCACCCCCACCCCAAAGACUCGAGUCUCCUUCCUCCCUAAACCACACCCAAUCCCCCCCAAACCCGAAGCCACCACCAACUUCUAUCCCGAUACACCGGCAAUAUGUCCCACAUUGACCUACCUAAAGGCAAAGGAAAUACUGGAUAUCGUGGAGCGCUACGGCUCUCAUGAGUGCACAACCGCAGCCGGAGAGUGGCUCGGCCGGUCAUCGUUCAUGCCACACGUGCAGACACAUAUCGCAGCCAACAAAGCGAUUUCCAUGGUUUUACCUGCUUUUCCAAUGAAGAGUAAUAAUCGCAUGGACAAGGUGCUGGGUGCACUUCCAGAUUUAGGGGACGAGCUUGGGUUGGCCCGGUUGGUGAAUCUUUGUCGGGAUAUUAAGGUUAUUUACCCGCCUGGUGGGGUUGUGGUUAUUGUUACGGAUGGAGUUUGCUAUAAUGAUCUUACAGGGAUAUCUGAUGAAGAGGUCUGGGAAUAUGGGAAUCGACUGCGGAAGAUCGCUGUUGAGAAGGGAUAUGCUUGUAUUCAGUUCCACCGUAUUAUGAAUAUGCUGGGCCUUUAUACUUGCGCUCAGAUUUCCAAAUCGGAUUAUGUGAAGCUCUGUGGUUUAUCGAGGGCUGAACUUCAUCGACGCUGUGGACAGCAGGGGUUUGAUGUCGAUAAGUUUUUGAAAAGUGAUGAGGAUUAUCUGAGGACUUAUAAUGGAUAUGAUAAGUUCAUGAAAGUUGAUCUCAAGUUCAGCCCAGUGACCAAAGACUGCGCUGGUCCCAAGCAAUAUAAGAAAAUGAUCAAGAGUAUUGCAAAAGCAAUGAUUGUGCGCGGGGUGGAGUAUGCGGAGCUAGUACGCCAAAUUUACCCUGACUCGCUGCGUCUCUCCAUUCAUCCCUCCUCAGGGCAGACGAAGCUGUCCUGUCCCCUUAUCCCACAGAAGAAUUCAUUUUCCAUGAGUCCUUGGCACUGUAGUGUCGCAGUGACAACUGCAGGGGAAUUUAUAACAGCUCACCAAUCCGUACUUCGACAGAAGUUUGACCUCAUUACUAAAAACGGUCGACCAUAUUUCUUCCGUGAGAGCUCGCCACUCUUCAAUUGGGAUACCAAAGUUGAUUUCGAGCAUCUUUACGGUCAAAACUUGGUUAUUAGGGCACAGCAACAGAAUGAUCAAGAACUACCUGACUCGGAUUUGGACAAGUUGGCGCUUUUAGCAAUUCAACAGAAGAGUGUGUCCUUUGUCUAUGUGUAA